CUCCGAUGGGUCAGGGCUGGGAGCAGGCGCCUCGCCCGGCAGCAUCGCGGAGAUGAAGCUCUGGGGCUGAGCAGCUCACCCAGGAGCCUCAAGGGGCCCCAGGAGGACAAUGGCCAGUAGCCCUUUGCCCGCCGCCCCCGACCUCCUCCUGGCCGCCCCGUCCAGCGCCUUCCCGGCUACAGAACCACUGAAUCAAGCACCUCCACCACCCCCACCUCCACCCCCUCGAGUUUCCUCCUCCUGCAAUCCGGGGCCCACCAUGAAGCCCAACCAGGUGGGCCAGGUCAUCCUCUACGGCAUCCCCAUCGUCUCACUGGUGAUCGAUGGCCAGGAACGGCUCUGCUUGGCCCAGAUCUCCAACACCCUCCUGAAGACCUUCAGCUACAACGAGAUCCACAACCGUCGGGUGGCACUGGGCAUCACUUGUGUCCAAUGCACCCCGGUCCAGCUAGAGAUCUUGCGUCGGGCGGGGGCCAUGCCCAUCUCGUCAAGGCGUUGCGGGAUGAUCACCAAACGCGAAGCAGAGCGGCUCUGCAAGUCCUUCCUGGGCGAGAACCGUCCUCCCAAGUUGCCAGACAACUUUGCCUUCGACGUAUCUCACGAGUGCGCCUGGGGCUGUCGGGGCAGCUUCAUCCCAGCCCGGUACAACAGCUCCCGGGCCAAGUGCAUCAAGUGCAGCUACUGCAGCAUGUACUUCUCACCCAACAAGUUCAUCUUCCACUCGCACCGCACCCCGGAGGCCAAGUACACCCAGCCGGACGCCGCCAACUUCAACUCUUGGCGCCGUCACCUCAAGCUGACGGACAAGAGCCCCCCAGAUGAGCUGGUCUUCGCCUGGGAGGAUGUCAAGGCCAUGUUCAAUGGGGGCAGCCGCAAGAGGGCCCUUCCGAGCCCAGGGGUGCAGCCCCAUUGCCACCCUCUCAAGGCAGUGGUGGGCGUUGGGGGAGGUCUCCUCAGCCCUCACCUCUUAGGGGCCCCACCACCCCCACCGCCACCACCACCUGAGCUCCACUUGCCCAAAAGGGGACGUUUCCUCGAUGACGACGAAGACCUCCAAGAAGCCGUCGCAGCUGCUGCCGCUGCCGCUGCCGCAGCAGUAGCCCACAAUAGUGGCAAAGGACCCCGAAACUACCCGGUCAUCCCGGUCCCCAGCAAAGGGGGGCCUGCCUUUGGGGGGGUCUUGCAGAAAUUCCCUGCCUGUGGGGGCCUCUUCCCUCACCCUUACAGCUUCCCCGCCGCUGCCGCCUUCAGCCUCUGCCACAAGAAGGAGGACAUCGAGGGCUUGGUUGGGGCUCCCAACUCUGCCACUGCAGGGCCCAAAGGCGUGGGAAGCGUUGCCUCGACGACAACAACAGCGGGGGCCACAGGAGCUAGCCUCUCGGGCCUUUUCUGGCCCACAGGCCGCAAAGAGGCAGCCACAGCUGCAGCAGCUGCUGCAGCGGCUUUCUACCCACCUUUCUGCAUGUUUUGGCCCCCAAGGACCCCUGGGGGGCUGCCCGGCUUGCCGACAUACCUCCAGCCCCCUCCUCCUCCUCCUCAGCCCCCUUUAAGUGGGGAGAGCCCCGGUUUGCUGAGGCAAGCCUUCCUCGACUUGGGGGAGCCCAAUAGUGAAGGGAAUGCGGCUGGGUUAGGAACCCCUCUGACAGCAGCCAGCAAUGGAGCUACCUCAGGGAGUGGGGGCUUUGACAGUGGGGAAGGGGCUCACUCGCCUGAGGUGGAGGGAGCCCCCACAGCCCCCCAGACCCCACUCCUUGAAGGGCAACCCCGAUCCAAAAGCGGCUCUUCUUCCUCUUACCACCAUUCCAGCGCUUUCCGCCCUGUCGGGGAUGGAGGGAGCCCCAGGGAGAAUCCAUCUGCAGAGGAGCCCCCUUACAAAGAGAUCCAGAAAAGCAAGGAAGGGAACCAAGUUGUCGUAUCCCUGAAGGAAAACAAUUUCUCAGAUAAAAACAAGGAGCACAGUUUUUUCAUCACGGAAUCCGAACACCCAGCAGGAGACUUCUGGAGAAAUAUAGCUGGUGAACCCAUACAGGAAACUAAUCCACCUCAUUCUCUGAAAAAGGAUGUAGAAAACAUGGGGAAAGAAGAACUUCAGAAGGUCUUGUUUGAACAGAUUGACUUGCGAAGAAGGCUAGAACAGGAGUUCCAAGUCCUCAAAGGAACUGCUUCUUUCCCAGUAUUCAAUAAUUUUCAAGAUCAGAUGAAGCGUGAAUUGGCCUACAGAGAAGAAAUGGUCCAGCAAUUACAAAUUAUUCCCUAUGCAGCAAGCUUGAUCAGGAAAGAAAAGCUUGGAGCCCAUCUCAGCAAAAGCUAGAAGACUAGGUGCAUCGGAAGGUCUUGUAAAAUACCACCCAUCACUCUGAAUUCAGACUUACCUAAAGACUGAAAAUGGAAGGGCUUUGGGUAUUAAAACAAAGAAACAAAAAAAAUACAAACAAACAAAUCAGGUUCCACUAAACCUAAGGACAAGUGACCUCAAAGCUUCAUGGACAACCCAUGUAAAUUAGAAUGUAGCAGCCAUUUAUUAAUUUAAAAAAAAAACAAAAAAGGGGCGAA